AUGGCUAGUUCGUACAAUUUGCCAGCAGGACUAUCCCUGUCGGGGAAUUUAAGUGUAAAUUGGCGGAAAUUUUCACAAGCAUUGGAAAUUUAUCUCGAGGCAAGUGGUUUACAAAAUGUCGGCGAAUCAAGAAAAAUUGCCAUUUUACUCAACAUAAUCGGUGAAGAGGCUCUAGCCGUUUAUAAUACUUUUGAAUUCGAGGAUAAAACGUUAACCUUAAAACAUGUUCUUGACAAGUUUGAAGAUUAUUGUAAUCCGAAGAAAAAUGUUCUACACUGCGACCCUAACUUGGACGAUGUUGUUAGAAUGCUAAUAAUAACAGGAUUGAGUGAAGAUCACAUUCGUGACAUCAGAAAGUCUGAAGUAAACACUGUUUCUACAAACUUUAAAGAAACACAGAAUAAAAGACAAAAGCAAUCUUGUCUCAGAUGUGGAUAUGAGCAUAAAUAUGGUCAGUGCCCAGCUUUUAACAAGACGUGUGCAAAAUGUCAAGGAUCAGAUGUUAAUAUUAUUCCAAUCAAACUCUUUAAGCAAAUAGCAGCAAGCUCGUCUUUUCCUUUGCAGUUAAACAAAAGUUCAGCUGUGCUAGAGAGCUGGAAUGGGUAUAAAACACCUAUUGAAGGUACUAUUAGACUAACCACAAAUUUAAAUGAAGGAAAAUUUUAAGAACUUUUUUGUAUUGUCGGUGGAGACUUGUCAGUGCCCAUUUUAUCCCGGGACACUUGUGUCAAAUUAAAUUUAGUAAAAAGAGUGGAAUCAUGUGAAAAGACAUAUGACUUUGAAAAAGAAAUGUUGAUAAAAAAUAACAAGGAUUUAUUCACUGGCAUUGGGGUUAUAAAUUACAUAGACGAUACACUUAUCUUUGCAAGUACUGAGGAGGAAAUGAAUUUGAUUUUAGAUAAAGUUUUUUCACAAGCUAGAAAAUUUUAAUGAAACUAAGUUUCAGUACAUGCUUCGGAAAGUGAAAUAUUUAGGUCACAUUUUUGAAAAUGGAACUGUAAGCCCUGACCCAGAUAGUAUUAAGGCAAUUUUAGAUUAUGAUACACCUAAAAAUAAACAAGAUAUUCAAAGACUUUUGGGCUUAGUGAAUUAUCUGAGAUCUUUUAUUCCAAACUUAUCUGAAUUAACUGCUCCCCUACGUGAAUAAAUAAAAAAAGAUAUUCACUUUGAUUGGCAAAAGGCCCAUACAGAAUGUUUUAAUACAAUUAAAUUAAUUCUGACUACUCAUCCUGUACUACACAUGUUUGAUCCAAAUAAAAACAUAAUUAUUCAGACAGAUGCUAGUAAAACAGGCAUUGGAUGUGUAUUGUUACAGGAAAAUAAGCCAGUAUAUUAUGCUUCUAAAUCACUCUCUUCAGCUGAAAUUAACUAUGGACAAAUCGAGAAGGAAUUCUUGGCAAUAUUGUUUGCAUGUAAAAAAUUUCACACUUUUGUGUAUGGUAAGACUAUUACAGUACAGACUGAUCACCUUCCUUUAAUAUCUAUCAUGAAAAAAGAUAUAGCUAACAUUCCCUCAACAAGAUUACAAAGAAUUAAACUGAAACUCAGUAUGCUCUAUGUACCUAGAUCUAUAAGAUAAAUUAUACUAAAAAAAGUUCAUGAAUGUCAUUUUGGGAUCACCAAGACUAGAGCUAGAGCUAAAUUAUUGUUUUAUUGGGUUGGGAUGGAUGUUGACAUUAGUAAUUAUAUAGAAAGUUGCAUGGUAUGUCAAAAAGUCUAUUAUAAGGAGGAUGAAAGGUCUAAAAUCUGGAAAUCUGCCAAAAUUGUAAAGGUUUUGAACAACCCUCGUUCUGUACAAAUAAUUGAUAAUAAUGGAGUCCUAAAAACUAGAAAUACUAAAUUUAUUAAAACAAGCAUGGAAAAAGAAGUAGAUUCUAGCUAUCCAAGCAUAUCGAAGAAAAACAGGACAUCGUUUGAAUGCUCGUCUAAUGGACCUGAGACUGAAGAGAUGCCGCGCGUUGAAGCGGUACGGGGGAAAAAAAUAUCGGAUUUUUUUUUUUCGGAUGAAAAAAAUUUUACCGUAGAAGAGAGCUACAACAAACAAAAUGAUAAGGUGUACGCACACAGUAGUAAAGAAGCGAGCAACCGUAUUCCGCGUGUCCAACGAGGCCAUUUUCCAUCCUCGCUCAUGGUAUGGUUGGGAGUUUCUUAUUGGGGCUUAGCAGAGGUACAUUUUUGUGAGAAAGGUGUAAAAACGAAUGCAGUUGUGUAUCAAAAUACAGUCCUGACGAACCUUGUGGAAGCUGUUUCUCAUACCAUGUUCAAUAACAGGCACUGGAACGACGGUCUCAAGUUAUGGGAAGACAAAGGCUGCCCUACCAACAAGCUAGUCGUCGGCAUACCUUUCUACGGGCGCACUUUCACCCUGUGUGCCGGUAACCAUAACUACGAACUCGGGACUCCCAUCAACAAGACGGCCGGUGGCGGUAACCCCGGUCCUUAUACCAAUGAGACUGGAUUCAUGGCUUAUUACGAGAUCUGCAUGAAGGUGGACAAUCCGGAGUUCGGUUGUAUCAAGAAAUGGGACAAGUACGGCAAAUGCCCGUACGCUUACAAAGAAGACACCGAAUGGGUUGGGUACGAGGACCCUCGCAGUGUGGAAAUCAAGAUGAACUGGAUUAAGGAAAAGGGCUACCUGGGCGCCAUGACAUGGGCCAUUGAUUUGGACGACUUCCAUGGUCUUUGUGGGGAGAAGAACCCGCUGUUGAAACUGCUCCAUAAGCACAUGAGCUCAUAUUGUGUUCCGCCAGCUAGGAACAUUUGUAUAUUGCAGUAA